AGAUAGAUAAUCCCCCAUCUGCAAAGCAGAGCAGCACCCAGCAAACAAAUCCUCUCCCCACUCCUCAUCUCGCUCCGAACCCCCGGCACCAAGAUGGCGGCGCCGACCACCUUCUCCGGCGACGUCUGGGCGGAGCUCCGCCUGGCCGACGCCCGCGACGUGCCCCACAUCCACAGCCUCAUCCACCAGAUGGCGGAGUUCGAGCUCCUCACCGACCUCUUCGCCGCCACCCACGAGCUCCUCACCUCCACGCUCUUCCCCUCGCCCCAGCCCGCCCCCUUCACCUCCUUCACCGCCCUCAUCCUCGACCUCUCCCCGUCCCCUAUACCCGCCUCCGCCGACACCAUCGCCUCCCGCCGCCUCGACCUCUCCGCGUCCCCGCUCGCUGACCCGGAGGCCGCCGCCUUCGCCUCCCCGCGCGGCGGUGGGCGCGUCACGUCCGGGUUCGUGAUCUGCUUCCCCAACUACUCCACCUUCCUCGCCAAGCCCGGGCUGUACGUGGAGGACAUCUUCGUGCGCGCGCCGUGGCGCCGCCGCGGGCUCGGCCGGAUGAUGCUGUCCGCCGUGGCCGGCAGGGCCGCCGAGAUCGGGAUGGGGCGCGUGGAGUGGUGCGUGCUCGACUGGAACAAGAACGCCAUCGACUUCUACGAGGGGAUGGGCGCAGAGGUGUUCCAGCAGUGGCGCAUCUGCCGGCUCACCGGCGCCGCGCUCGACAAGUACAAGGGCAGCCAGGAGGAGGACGCCGGGAAGGCCAAGUAGGUCAGUAGGAGAGGAAAAUUGGUGGGCUCCUGAGAUCGGUAAUAAAGGUGGUAGAUUUUGUCUCCAGUUUCUGCUCCACUUGGUGAUGUAUCUGCUACUGAUUUAGUGUAUUGAUCUGUUUUCCAUGGAGAUGCAUUAGGGGUGUGAGUAUCAGAUGUAGGGGCUUAUUGCCUUGUUCUUGCAUAUCCUGAGGAAUAUACACCUUGAAUUGAUUCGGAAAGUGGAAUUAUUCCCCUUUACUAUCA